AUGGGAAGGGUAAAAUUGAAGAUAAAGAAGUUGGAGAACACAAACGGACGCCAAGCAACGUUUGCUAAAAGGAAAAAUGGGAUCUUGAAAAAGGCUAAUGAGCUUUCUAUUCUUUGUGACAUUGAUCUUCUUCUUCUUAUGUUUUCUCCUGGUGGUAAAGCUUCUUUAUGUUGCGGUAGAAGAAGUAGCAUUGAAGGGGUGAUUUCUAAGUUUUCUCAAGUAACACCGGAGGAAAGAGCAAAAAAGUUUGCUUUCUUUUCUCUCUUUCUUUUAAGAUUAUUAUUGAUAUGUUUCUUUCGGUUUUGCUCACUUGUUUUUUUCUUGUUUUACUUUUUGCAUUUUGAAUACAGGAAAGUAGAGAGUCUUGAAGACUUGAGUACUCAAGCAAGUAUCUUGCAAGCUAGAAUCUCUGAAAUACAUGGAAGAUUAAGUUAUUGGACAGAACUCGAUAAGAUAAACAACGUUGACCACUUGGGACAGCUUGAGAUUUCCAUCAGGCAAUCUCUUGAUCAAUUGCGUGCUCAUAAGGAACAUUUAGGGCAGCAGCAGCAACAAGCAAUGCAAAUAGAAAACGAAAACUUUGUUAAAGAUUGGUCAACAUGCUCGUUGCAAGAUGGGAUUGAGAUUCCUUUAGAACAACAGCUUCAAUCCAUGUCAUGGAUACUUAAUAGCAACAACACAACCAACAUUGUCACCGAGGAACAUAAUCCAAUCCCUAAGAGGGAAGUGGAGUGCUCUACGAGUUCUACAUUUGGGAGCUAUCCUAGCUACUUUGGAACAAGGAAAUCUUCAGAUAUUAAUGGUCAAGAAACAAGUUUUCUUGAUGAAUUCACCACUACCAACAGAGAUAUCAAACCGCAGCUAUGCACUAAUAAUAACAUUAUCCCAUAUAAUCCCAAUAUGCAGAAUGAUUUGAAUCAUCACCAAACAUAUCCUCCUCCUCUUCCUCCAGUUUUGAACUUUCCAAUGAACCAGAGAGAGUAUCAUAUGAAUGGAUUCUUUGAAGCACCACCACCAUCUGGUACUUCUGCUUAUAACAACAACAACAACAACAACCAGGCAAGGUUUGGUUCAAGCAGCAGCUCCUUGCCUUGCUCAGUCUCCAUGUUGGAUGAAUACUUGUUUUCCAUGCAGCAACCGAACUGA